AUGACGACGCCCCAGCGGGCGCCUCGCGCGGAGCUGGGCGACGCCGAGGCGGGCGACGCCGAGGCGGGCGCGGAGGCUGGCGCGCCGUCGACGCAGGCGGCCGCGGCCCCGACGGCGGCGGCCGGCGCCGGCGUGGAGGUGGCUGGCUUCGACGGCUCGCUGCUGGAGGCCAUCGCCGACGGCGUCGUGGCGCAGCCGCCGCUGCUGGCCUUCGGCGCCUGGGUGCAGUGGCGUGCCGGCCCAGGGCGCCGGCUCCGCACGGCGCCAGCGAUCGCGGCCAGCGAGAGCGCGCUCUGGCGGAGCACGGUGGAGGCGCUGCACGGCCAGGACUGGCAGGCGCGGCUGCGCAUGCAAGCGCCCGCCGCGGCUCGCAGCCCUGCGACGCCGGCAGCUGCGCAGCCGCAGGCGGCGGAGGACGUCCUGAGGCUGCUGGACUCGCCGGCUCGCGCGUCCGACGCGGGCUCCGAUGCCACGGGAGCGCUGUCGGACGGCAGCUGGGGGCCGCUCACGGACGGGGAGGUCUUGGAGCGGCUGCUGAAGGACGUGGAGCCGCACGAGUCGAUGCGCGACUUCGAGCGGCGCCUGCUGCGGGCGCGAGCGGUGCUGACGCUGCGGCGGCAGGCGGUGCCGGAGGGCGCUGUGGAGUUCGGCAUGAGGAAGGCCCGCUUCCUGGUGGAGGCGCGGGCCCACUGUGAGGGCGUGGUGGCAGCGCUGGAGGCGAGGCUGCACUCGGUGCUGGACGUGGAGACGGACGACGCCGACGAGGACGUGCGGGUGCUGAUGGACCUCCUCGCGGUGGCGCGCGGCGUCGGCGCUGCUCCAGCGACGCCCGCCUUUCCCUUGUUCGGCGAGGACCUGCCGCCUGGGCUCCCCCCGAGAGGCGGGGCGGCCGAGGCGGGUUCAGCGGAGCCCAGCUUGGCGGCGGCGCUGCAAGGCCUCGCAGGAGCGCUCGGGCGGCGGGCCGACAAGAAGUCGUCCACGAUCCAGGUGAAGCCGCAGUACAGUCUGCCGACGUUGGGCGACGGCGACUUCGACGUGGACUCGUUCGUGGAGGAGUUCGAGGAGAUGGUUGGCUUGGCGAACGACGGCGCGGGCAUGUCGGCGACCGAGAUGGUGCGCGUGCUGGGGACCUGCCUGAAGGGCUCGCGGCAGCGGGCUUACAAGGUCGAGCUGAAGCAGGCGCGCCGUUCGGGAAGGCUUGCGGCGGACCCCGAUGAGGUGUACCAGAGCCUGAAGGAGCGGCUGAUGGAGUUCAGGGAGGGCUUGCUUGAGAAGCAGCAGCGGCUCAACGCCGAGUGGAGGACGCUCUCGCGCGGCAAGAUGAGCGCGCUGGAGUUUCAGGCAACGUUCGAGAAUAUCGUGGCGGAGAUGGAGCUGGCUGGGAUGGGCAAGUCCGACCGCGACCUGCUGCUCGGCUACCUGGCGCUCAUCCCCCCCGCGCACCGUGCUGAGGUGCUCAAGGAUCGCCGAGUGUAUCAGCGGUCUGGCGCUCAGCCCGAGGUCCGCGGCGUCGAGACAUGGAGGGAGGCCCACCGCGUGCUGCUGAAGCUGGAGGAGGCCGAGAGCUCGGCCAAGGCGCUCGUCGCGGCGGUGGGCUCGGACUUGGCGCCCAGCCCGGGCGGCGGCGGCGGCGGCCGGCGCCGGCGCGGAGGCGGAGGCGGUGAUCAGGGGCCGCCCGAGGUCGGCGCUGUCGGCGGCUCCGGCGGCGCCAGCGCUGAGGCUCCCUUGAAGAUCUGCUACCGGAUGAGGGACAGCGGCACGUGCGCGCGCGGAGACGCCUGCAGGUUCUCGCACGACAGGGCUGCUAUCGCCGACGCGCGGAGGACCAAGAAGGACGCGACCGGGCCGAAGGGCAAGGGCGCGGACGGCAAGAAGGGCAAGGGCUCGGACGACGGCGGCAAGGGCGGUCAGAAGUCGCAGCUCUGCCUGCAGUUCCUCCGGGGUGCGUGCAGCAAGAGCGAGAAGGACUGCAAGUUCAGCCACUCGGGUAAGGCAGCUCAGAAGGUCAUCGCGGCAGUCUACGCUGGCGCGGCCGCAGCUAAGGCGCCGCCGCCGAGCUUCGGCAGCGCGGGCCCCUCCGGCAGCGGCCAGGAAGCAGCGCCUGCGGCCGAGGAGGCUGCGCGGCCGGCUGCCUCCGGCGCGGCGCCGAAGGUGCAAGCUGCGGCGGGUGGCAAGCUCGAAUGGGUGCGACGCUGUGGCGGCGUCUUCGGUGCGAGCUACGACCUCCCGCAAGUGAACGUCAUCAGGGGUUCGCCUUCGCCCGAAGGAGCGCUGAAGGACUUGGACCAGAUCCCCGCCAGCGCCUGGACGCAGGUGCAGGAGCCCGACGACGGUUACCACUACUUGUGCCACACGCACGUCUACGGCCUCGGCAUCAGGACGCUCCUUGAUGGCGGGGCUGUGUUCUCCUUGACGUGGGGGGCGACAAUCGUUAGCAUCAUCAACAGUGCGAUCGCGGAGGGCAAGUCUCCUGAGGACCCCGACUGGCCGAUCGCGGGCUUGAUGCACUGGGGCCGGGACUCGAAGGCUUCGUCGGUGGCGGACAAGGGCGACCUGAAGACCCGGGGCAUGGUGGACCUGCGCCUGGCCUUCGAUGGGCUAGAUGGUACGCGAGUUGUUCGUGUAUUUCGCCUUCGCCUUCUGCGCGGGGGUUGGGACAGGCCGCUUCUCAUCAUUCUUGGAGCCCCAGCGCUCGAUACACCCCCCCUGGGAAUCGGGCACCGGCCUACGCUGCAGGGCCACUACCUGCCGGGGCUGGGCAUCACGGUCAAGCGCGCGGAGGCCGACGCGGUGCAAGCGAAGCUGUUGACCAUCGCGGCGGUGUUCUCGGAGUGCGAUGUCGACAGGCGUCGAGGCGAGGAUCGUCGGGCGGCCAGUGCUGUAGGAUCCCUAGUGUGGACCGGCGCGGCCUGCCCGAGCUACCCCAUCUGCAUGGUCGGCGGCCAGUGCCCCGCGGAGUUCGGCGGCGGCGACACGGGCGUGAUCGUUCUCGACGAUUCGGAGUCCAGCAUCCCCAUCUACCUGAGCGGCGAGGAGGGCGUGCGGCUGGAGCUCGGCGAUUGCGCACUGGUGCCAGCCCGCGCUAGCAGCUUCGCAGCGGGUGCCGUCGGCGAUGUGGUGGCGAAUGGCGCGGCGGCUGUCUGGGCCGCCCCUGGCCCUUGGCUCGGCCGGGAGCAGCUCGUCCUGGUCGGCAACUGGGACCAGCCCGGCGUCAGCAUCGAGGUCGGCGACAUCGUGGGCGCAGUGAUUCAGACCGAUGGCGAGCCGGCCGGCGACGACCCUUCGGUGGCGCACGUGUGGCAAGAUUGGGACGAGCUUCGGGACAUCGUUGAGCUGGAGGUGCCGACGGAUGAGUACUACGCCGAGCGGCUGGUCUACUGGCAGCGGAAGUACCCGAAGGCGGCUACCACCCUCCUCGAGCACCUCUUGGCGGUCGAAGGCUUGCUUGACGUGUGCAUCGCGGCCGGGUACUCCAUGGGUGCCGAGAAGUCCCUCGAUAGGCUAGCACAGCCCUCUUUCGAGGCGCUCGGCGAGAUCGUAGGCCGCGAGGGCAGCGAGGCGUGCGAACGGCACCUGGAGCUUAUCAAGAGCUGGUCAGUGCUCGAGGACGUGGCUGCGCUGCGACGGUUCCUUGGCACGUUCAACUGGAUCCGCGGCCACUUCCCCAAGGAGGUGCAGAAGCCGCUGGGGGUCCUCACGCAGCAGCUCAAGAAGGACGCCGAGUGGCCGAUGACCCCCGAGAAGGUCGCAGCCCAGCGCGCCAUUCAGCAGCUAGCGUGCGAGGCCAUCCGCCUCGCGGCGAUCGACAUGGUCGGGGCGAUCUCCAAGGACCGCCCGCUCGAGCAAGUCGCGGACUUCUGCCCCUAUGGAUGGGGCGGCAGCGUGUAUCAGCUGGCCGCCGACCGGCGCACGCUCAACGUGUUGGGGAUGUACGGCGGCUGCCUCAGCUUGGCGCAGAGCAAUUGGCACCCCCGCCGGGGCGAGCUGUAUGCGCAGCGUGAGACCAGGCGGGAGGCACGUAAGGACUUCGGUCGGCUGCCCGCCCUGUGCUGGACGGACCACGCGGCAGCGGUGAAGGACGCGACGGGCGAAGCCGAGACGGACUCCACCGUCAUCCGCUGGGUCGGCGAGAUCGAGAGCGACGGCAGCAGACUGAUGAACCUCUCCGGGCGCAGCGCGGCUCUUGGUGAUGGCCCCUCCCGAGAGAACGAGGCCCACGGCAAGUUUCUGAGCGAGCAGGCUCACUCCCUGGCGAACAUCGCGAUCGAGGGCGACUCCAUCGCGCUGUACCUGCCCGACUAUGGGUGCGAGAGGCGGCGGAGCGCAGAGCAGGCGCGGGCAGCUCGACAGCUGCAGCUGGCGGCGCCAGGCCUGCGGCUUCGCAUGGUCCCGCACGACCCCCCGCUGGCGGACGGUGCCGGCGGCCUGUACUACAUCGCGCCUCCUCGCUUCCCAGGUGAUGCGAGUAGCAAGGCGCGGAAGCAGCUUCGCAAUGACGUGCUGACCGCGGUGGCCGCCGUCCUGCGAGAGAGUGCUGCGCGGUGGCCCAAGGUCGUGAUCGGGACCGGCCACGGCGGGCUGGUGGCGGCUGCAGCGGCCCACCCCGGAGUGGUGGAGGCCGCGCUCGCGCUGCGGUACGCGAGAGAGGCGGAGGGCAUGCAGAUCGCGGAGGCGUGGGUGAACAUCAGGGCGUUCGUGGCGAUCGGGCCGCGCGCCCAUAGCCCGAGCAAGAUCGGCUUCGUGCGGGAGGCGUUCCCUGAGUUCGGAGCGGCUGCCCACGGCGACGAGCGCCCGGCCCCCCUCUAUCUGGUUGAGGGCGCCGGGGCGCACCGCCGCUUCGGGCAGGACCUCGGCGAGGCGCUGGGCGUGACGGUGUCGGCCACGCUGGGCGAGAUCCUCAUGCAGGAGGUGGUUGCUGCCCCCCCGCGGCUGCUGGAGUUCAGCGGCGGCCGCUGCGCAUGCGGGCGGAGUUCGCUGGUGCUGGCGCGGUGCGGCCAGUGCAUCAGGGCCGACCGCGAGCUCGAGGAGGAGGCGCGGCUGGCCGAGGUGCCGGAGGACGCGUUCGAGGAGCCCGAAGCGGUCGACGUGGCGGCCUCGGCGGCGCGCAUGCGCGCUGUCCGCCCGCAGCCAGCAGUAGCUGUCGGGCCCGGCCCCUGCAUCGCCGUGUCGGCGGAACUCGUGCGGGACCUCCUGGAGUUCGGUGGGGGCCGAGCGGAUUUCACGUGCAACUGCAUCAGGGUCCGCCGAGCGCCGGCUGCAGGCGUCGUGGCUUUGGAGGCCGCGCGGGGAUACUCCUACAGGCUGUCGUGCUUCGUCGUGCCGCAGGGGCCCGAGCCGGGCGUAGAGGUGGCGCUGGCGCAGCCGUGCGUGGAGUUCGAGCUGGAGCUCGUCGCGGAGAUCGACUUGGAGCGGCUGCAGGUGGGCUUGCCGAAGGGCGCCGAGCUGAUCCAGCUAUUCGCCUGCGCUUGGCUGCUGUGGGAGGGCGGCGCGCGCCUCCCCGCUCUGGGCGCCACUCGCGUUCAUCGGCACUGCAGGGGGUCGGCCGUCAGCAACGGUGCGAUCAUCAAGGUGUCCUCCUACUCCUCCGCCUACUCCGAGGUCUUCGCGGGCACUUUGGGGCUAGCAUGGUAUCGAGCAAUCCGCGAUCGCUUUGGUGGACGGGCUUCUGGGGCCUUCGUCGAGUUCGCGGACUCCGACUUCGCGCGCGGCGAGCGGGAGGCAUUCGAGGUACCGGACGUCCUCGGGGCGAUCACCAGCAAGCAGGCUCCAGCUUCUGAGCAGGCAUGCUCCAGAACUGAGCCGACGGGAGGCGGCGAUCACUGCCUGACGUCAUCCGUCGCCGCCGUGGCCCUCGGGCGUGUAGCACGCGCCCCAGAGCGCGGCACUGCAGCUUUCGAUGCGGAGGUGGCGGACGGGCGCAAGCUAGAGGACGCCGACAUCGCGGUCAGGGAGGCGUACGCCGCGAAGGUGCGGGGCUGCGAGCCUGAGGCGGGGAGCGAGCCGUUCGAGCUGUCCAAAUCGCUUCGUGCCCACAUCAUCGGGGACCAGUGGAAGGAUGAAGAUCUCGGGCCCAUCUGCAUGCAGCUUCGCGCUGAGUCUGGCGCCGGCGACCGCCCAGAGGCGCAGCGUCUCGGAGAGGACUUCGCGCUCGAGCAGUUCGUGACAGUGGGCCCUGGGGAGCAGCGUUGGCUGCUAGUUCUGCCUGCAUCUGGCGGACCUGGUUCGGGCAUAUCGUGGAGGCGCUUCAUCUUCCUUCAUGUUCAUGCUGGUCCGUCGGGGGGCCACAAGACAGCGGUCGCUACUCGUGAGUGCGCCCGGCGGCUGGUGGUCUGGCCGGGGCUCGCGGCGGACAUCGAGAAGUGGUGCGCUAGCUGUUGGGCCUGCCUCCGAUUCAGGAAGCAGACUACGAAGGUUCAGGCCAGCUUCAUCGUGGCACGGCACCGGCUUCCAUUUCAUCAUGUGGUCAUCGACAUGGAAGGCCGCAUCACCCCUCCCGACGUCGACGGGUUUGCGUACGUGCUGACUUACAUCUGCGUGACGACGGGGCCCCCCCUUCUCGAGCCGCUCAAGAACUUGCAGCACUCCGAAGUUCGUCGCGCCUUCUUUCGAUGCGCGACUCGAGCCAAGACCUGGCCGAUGCUGGUGAGUUCGGAUCGUGGCAAGGAGUUCUGCAACGCUCUCAUGGAAGAGCUUUGGGCGCUCCUCAACUUCGCAGGCCGCUUCGGUACUUCGUGGAGGCCCUGUGAGCAGGCGGAUGCGGAGCGGUCCAACAUCGAGUGCGCGAGGGAGAUCGGCAUCUUCCUGCACGACGUCUUUAAGUGUGCCCCCGGCCAGUGGGCCGAGCUGCUGCCGAUCGUCGAGUUCGUGCUGUGGAACUCGCCCGGCAAGUCGGCACUGUCGCCGAGGGAUCUCUGCAUGGGCUGGUCGCUGGCGUCGCCGCUGGAGCGGGAACUGCUGCCGCUGGAGCCCGCCGUUCGCGAGGCAGUCUCCGACGUCGCGGCGGCGCAGUUCGAGCAGUUCAGGCGCUUGCGAGAGGUUUACCUUCAGCAUCGGGCUCGAGCCGGCCGGCGCAGAGCGGAGCUGGCCAAUCGCACGAGAUCGUCGAGGCGCCCCGAGGUCGGGGACAUGGUGAUGUUCAAGGACCCGAAGCUCUCCAAGGCCGUGGCCGGGCACGCUCCGGGCCGCCGCCCACUGCGCGGCCCCUUUGAGGUCCUCUCCACGAAGGGCAACGUCGCUACGUUGCGAGAUCCCGAGACCCGGCAGGUGCUCAAGGACAUCCACGGCGAUUUCUUGAUCGGCGUGCCGGGCUUGGUCGACGACACGGAGCGCAUCGUGGAGCUGGAGGAGGACGACGGCCGUGGCAGGGCCUCUGCUGGACAGUUGCUGGCAGCGCGGCUGGCCCCUGGAGGCGGCGAAGCAGCCGAGGCGCAGGCGCCGCGCGUGAAGGCGCGGAUGAGAGAGGUGAAGGUCGGGCGGCUCGUGGCCUACCAGGGCGAGGAGGCGAAGCGCUGCCGGGUGGGCAAGGUGCUGAGCGUGGCCGAGGACCUGAGCAGCGUGACGGUGCACGUGUACCAGGCGGCGGUCGAUGGACGGCUGCAGGUGGUCUGGACAGCGGCGUAUGACCGCCAGGAAAGUGCGGACUUCCAGCGGCAGAGGGUCGAGACGCUGGAGGCGAAGCGGGUGCUGGGCGUCGUGGGGCCCAAGAAAGGCGUGCUGAACCACGCGGCGGCGAGCAGACUGGCGCGGGCCGGCUGGCGGCUGGACGAGGGUGCAGUUCGGCACGGCGCCUUGGCGGCGGCGGCAGUGGUGCCGGCCGCGCCGCGGCUCUCCAACCUCCCUUCGAGCCGCGUGAUCGCGCUCGUCGCAGCCUGCCGUCCGCUCGAGGAGCUCGACCUGAAGAUCGGCGAGGUCCAGGCUUGGGCGCACGGCGUCCCCCUCUUCGUGGAGAUCUUCGAUGGGGUCGGGAGGCUCUCGCAGGCGGUCCAGAGCUUAGGCGCAGCCAACGCGGUGUGCAGCGUGGUGGCCGGCAUCGACCUUAAGCGCAGGACGUGCGGGCAGUACUGGGACCUCAGCAGGGCCAAGGACCGCGCCCGGCUCCGCUACCUGCUCUUCGAAGUGCUGAAGCCAGCAGGAGCCCACUGGGCGCUUCCCUGUGCGAAGUGGAGCAGCCUCGGUGGCCACCAGCCCGACGCCAACGCGCACGCGCUAGCUUCCUUCACCAUGGACGGCCUCGAGCACUUCGACGGCGCGGGCUGUUUGGCCUCCUUCGAAGGCCCUCGAGCGCACGCGCUGGUGGCGAGCGCGGAGUGGCAGCAAAGGUUCGGGUCAGCUGAGGCGCCGCGCGGGCGCUGGCGGUACGUGCUCCCCGACGGCUGCAUGUUCCACUGCAGGAGCCCGGACGAGGAGCCCUUGGCCAUGCAGAAGCCGUGCGUCAUCGUGGGCAACUUCCCGCUGGACCUGCUGGACAUUCAAUGCCGCCGGGGAGCGCUGCGGCCUCUGGGACGCGGCCUCGAAGGCGUCGAGGUCGCCUCCGUGGGGCAGAGUGGCGACGCCGGGAGCUCCAUGAUCGGAGCCGCGCGAGCGCUGGAGGGGCCCCGCAUGCCCUGCGAGCCGGGCCGCGCGGCCGCGCCGGCUGCAGGGGUGACUAGGUCGGUGGACAAGCUGAGCGACGCCGAGAUGGCGGAAAGGAAGGCGCGGCGCGAGCCAGCGGCAGCGGCGGCGAGGAAGAAGUGGGCCGAGCUGGCCAAGAAGGGUGACUGGGACCAGGUGCGGAUGCCCGGCAAGUGCUUCAGGUUCGCCGAGGUGAAGGUCUCGCCGAGGCGCUCGGCGGAGUACAAGGCCAAGGUUCUGGAGGCGGUCGGGCUCGUCGGCGAGUGCUCGGGCUACAAGCACUUGGGCAGCCAGGAGCUGGAGGCGCUGAAGGAGAUGAUCAGCCUGAAGGCCGAGGCGUUCUGGGUGAAGGGCACCGCGCGCACGGUCAUGCGCGGCUUCAAGCACGACGUGGUGACGACUGGCUUGCCGGUGCGCGGGCCGCCGAUCCGCUUGAAGGGCCCGGGGGCUUCCAUCGUCCGCGAGGAGCUCGAAGCGGGCGUAGAGCAGGGGCUGUACUCCCGGGGGACUUCGCCAUGGGGCAGCUGGGCCUUCCCGACCAAGGAGCACGCGAGCGGCCGAAGGCGUCGGACCGUCGUGGACUACAGGAUGGUCAACCGCAGGAUGGUGAUGUUCGUGUACUAUAUCCGCCGGUGCCGAGACGUCAAGGGCGAGCUGGUGGGCUGCGCCUUCAUCUCCGGCAUGGACGGCGCUCGCGGCUUCAACCUCCUGGUCAACACUGAGCACGCGAAAGAGGUCCUGGCUGUGCUGGCGGACUGCGGCUGCUACCUCCCCGAGGUGCUGCAGCUGGGGCCAGCGACGGGGCCCUUCGACUUCCAGUUCUGCACCGACGAGCUGUUCACUGGCACUGGCCGCGGACGCUGCGGAUCGGUCUGGAAGAACUACAUCGACGACUUCUGGGUCAGGACGGGGCAGUGGCUGAACGGCCGCGCCUACACCGACCGAGAGUACGAGGAGAUGCUGGCGGCCAGCCAGAGCUACGACCGCGCCAAGAGCAUGCUCGUGGGGCUGUGCGUGGCGCAGUCGGCCACGGGGGCGGCGGCUAUGGAGGGCGGCGGCGUUGCCUUGGCGAACGGCCUCCGCGUGCUGGUGGUGGCUGCCGCGGUGCGCACGGCGGCCUUGAUGGGCGAGGGGCUGCGCGCUGGCGUGCAGCUGACGCAGGACAUCUUCGAGGCGGCCGGCGACCUGGUCCAGAGCGUCUCCUGGAGCCUCAGCGGGCUCGCCCACGAGGUGUGCGAGGGGGUGGUCCUGGUGGUGCGCGUCGUGGUCGUCGUGCAGUGCUGCUACGCUCUUUACUGCCUGCGCUCGUGGGUGGCUUGCCGUGCGCAGCGGGCGGCGCUUGAGCGCGCCGCUACCGCCGGCGAGGCGGCGCAGCGCGGACUUACGUCCAGCGCGCGAGCCUGCGAGGCCGGCGACGGGCCCGCCUUCGGCGCCGAGCCGAUGGCCAGAGCGGCAGCCGCUGGCAGGAGCCCGAGCGGAGCUACCUCAUCAGCAGAUGGCGCCGCCAGCCCUGUGGUGGCGCUGCGGCGCGAGGCGCAGUUCGAGACGCCCCUGAUUGGAGCGGCGGCACGCCCCCGAGCGGAGGUCCUCCAGAUCCAGAGGAGCGCAGCCGUGGCACUGCGGGACUUGGAGCAUUCGGACCGCCAGCGUGCCGCGCGAGCGCGCGACCUGGCUGCCUGCGGCGCGGUGGUGUCCGCGAAGCUGGUGGAGGCAGCGCGCAGCGCGGCGGCGAAGGACGCGGGCGACUUGUGCGAGUUCGAGGUUGAGGUGGCAGGCAGCCGCGGCGUGCGGUAUGACGUGCGACUUCGUGCUGGACGCUUGGCUGCGGCGCUGCUCCCCGCAUCGUGCACCUGCGCGGACUUCGUCAGCGGCGGCGGCGGCCCCUGCAAGCACAUUGGGGCGGCCUGGUGCUGCGCGGUGGGCGGCAACUUCAGCGAGCUGGUGGAGCUGGCGCUUGCGGCUGGCCGCAAGGAAGGUGCUGCCGGAGGCCCUCAGCGACGUGCAGCCCUGGCGCCGAGCGACCCCCUUGGCCUCGCGGGGGCCGUGCGGGAGCUCCGCGACUCGGAGGCCGAGGUUGUUCGCCUGCGCGAGGAGGUCCAGCAGCUGAGGGCGCAGCUGGGAGUGGCCUCCAGGCGCGGAGCCGUGGCCGAGUUCCUCUCGGCGUCGGAGACGCUGGCGGCGUGGGCGCGGGCCUGCGGCGAGGCCGAGAGCUACGUGUACGUGGCGUGCUUCACCUUCGACCAGCCGGGCGUGGUGAACUACCUGGAGGCGGCUCGGGCUCGAGGUCUCACCGUCCGCUUGGUGUUCAGCGGCCGUGACAAAGCCUUGACUAACAACCAGGGACCGCGCCUGCAGCGGCUACGAGCUUGUGGUUGCGAGGUGCGUGCGCACAAGGGCUCGCGACUGCACGCGAAGGUGAUGAUGACGGAGCGCGAGAUCGUGCUGGGCAGCUGCAACUUCACGACCGCCAGCUUGGGCAACGUGGAGCGCGGAGUGUCGUUGCAGGAGCUGUCCGAGGAGGCGGUGCUCGAGCAGAAGGAGUGGUUCGAGCAGCUGUUUGAGGCGGCGCCGCCCUUUAAGGACGGGAUCGGCGAGGUGGUGCCUCCGUCGCCGGCCCGGUGA